AUGCAGUUUUCUGCACAUCAAAAGUUGGGUUUUUCUAAACGUUCCAUAAGACAGUUAUUGUUUUCGUCUUUAACCAGUUUGUCGAGACUGAAAGCCUUGAAAGGCAUGCUGCAAAAGCAUAAGUGUGACAGUUUACUAGUUGUUCUUGGAGUAGAUUCUCGUUUCAACAGAGGCUCAAUAAAGGCCGUUUCUUAUCUGAUGUUCAACGUAUUCGAGGUUAAUUAUGACGAACUCAGGAGAAGUAAACUUGAACUAGACGUCUUUGAAGAUAUGUUCCUAUGCAUACGUUCAACUGAAGUUGUUUUAUACUGCAAUUUCGCCAGUUUUUCAUUAAUUCUGCCUUAUGUUAGUCACUGGCCAAACUUACGCAUACAUUUUGUCAAUGAGGAUGAUAUGAGUGAUUUUAACAGGCAUGAGGAAAUGAAGGUUGUCGCUUUUGAGCGCACCAUAUCUUCUUCGAAACGGAUCAUCAUUCCUUAUGCAGAUGCUCAUGGUCGUAAGGUUAAGUCCUUCAACAAAUUAAUGAUAGAAGACUGGCCCUUAGUUCAAAGCUAUGCCUUCGAUAUUCAACAUCAGUCAUCAAGGGAAUUUUUCACUCUAUCUCGUGAGGUUAUUGAUGUGGAAGAUGACCUUCACCAGUUAUUAAAAAAAAUAGAUCCUGUAUUCAUUGAGUCUGUUAUCAGCAGAACCAUGCUAUCUUUUAUAAGCUCAUUUGAGGUUGUCCUUCGUUCAAUUGAUUCAACCUACCAGACGAACCCUAUGAAUACUCUAACUAGGAAUCACGUUGAAGCGCUUGCAAGCAUGUUCAAUUAUUCCAUUAAAGAAAAUAGUGGUGUCAAAAGGCAACCUUUAUACAUACUUUAUGGUGUAAAUACAUGCAAAGAUUGCUUAAAAUUCACUUCCCCACUUAAAGAUUCCAACGACAUGAAUGAUACUACUCAUAUGAUUAUUCAUGGAAGUGAACAAUAUAUUGGAAUGUCUUGUGAACGAACUUAUUUUAUUCAACAGUCAUUAAAAUUAGGUGAAGAACAGUAUGCACAUUUGAAUUUACUUGCUCAAAUAUACUUGCAUUUGUUGAGUGCAUUCACUAAACUGAUUGAUCAGAUCAAAACAACUUUGAUGGAUUUCACCAAGAUUGUAACCAUGCAAAAAGAAGAUUUACAGAAGAAAUUAAAUUUUGUGGAAUAUGAAGAUAUCGAUAUUAGAUACGAGUAUGUUUAUGGGACGCCUGAUGAAGCUGUACAUUUAGUUGCAUUUGCUUUCCGGGUGUAUAAUAUCCAAAACAAAAGUGGUGAACCAAUUGGCAGUAUUGGAGUUGAAGAUACACUACUUGUUUCAAAUCUCAAGUUAAACAACAUUCUUAUUAGUCGAUGUGAAAUUAACAUAACUGAAAAUAUACCUUAUAUAUGCUUCUGGACUCCUGUUACAAGUGAUCAGAAGUUCCUGAAUGAAGAAACUAAAGAUAAAGGGAAGUGUUUAUUCAACGAAGAAAUUGAAAUGAUCACAGUUCCCGUUGGCAAUGUAUGUCUGACAGUGAUAAACUGCAUGUGUUUGGAAAAUCGUGUAAUACUUUAUGGUAAACGAUGUGGAGUUACCGUAUUUGAACCGAUCAAAGUUAGACAUUUUCAUUCACCGAAUACAUCUCAACCUGAUUUUUUAGAAUUGCAACUGAGUCCAGAACUGUUUUCCAUGUGUAACAAUGAAUUUAUUUCACCCUAUAUAUAUCCUGCUCUAUUAAAACAAGGGAAUGAAACUUCAAUUUGGUUAAUUAUCAAACAACGUUCAAAAGCCAAACGGUCACUUAUUGAACAUGUUUUCCCCGUAUGGCGUAGUAAAGGUCUUCUAGAAGUUCCUUCUGACAAACUAAAUGAAUAUGCUAUCAAGGCUUCUUUUAUUACUUCUCAGUUAGAACACGAUUCUAUUCAGAUAUCUUCAUCUGAUGAUGAAACAUUAUCUGAAAAGAUUUCAUCAUCUAAAAUUCAACCAAAGGAUGAAGUUCAUAACGUUUUGGCCUCACAAAUAUUAAUGCGUCAACCAUCUAUUCGAAGUUGGAUUCGUUUAUUUCGUGAUGAAUUAUUACAUGUCGAAGCUAGCUGUUGCUUCAGUGUACAAAUCCCCACCGUUAACACAUGUGCUGAUUUGUGUUUUAGAUGUGGAAUCAACCCUCAAUCCUACAAAUCUAUUCAAAUCGGUCAACAAAUUGAAUGGAAUCGAAUAGUCGAUGAAGCAGCUUUAUGUAUACGCAAUCAUAUUUAUGAUAACCGUGAAGGAAAUACAUUCACUACAGAGGAAGAUUUAUUCAACGUUUGUCGCAAAACUCUAAGAAUUGCAGACACAGAAAUAAUUGAUAGUGAUGAUUGGCAGUUUAGUCAUGUAAAAUUAUCUUCAUUAUUGACAUUGAUCAAAGAGCCACUCACUAUUACAGUUAUAUGUGGUCCACCUGGUAGUCGUAAAGAGUUGGUUGUAAAGAAUAUUUUAAAUUUCGUCAAGGAGGGCAUAAAAUGGAUUGAAAUGAAACCAAAUAAUUCUGAAGAUAUAUCUUCAUCAUUGCUCAAAGCUUUAUUUAAAUACUGUAAUCUACAGUCCUGCUUAAAUAAUGAUUAUGAAAUAAAACCAAGGUGUCAUGGAAUCUUAUUAUGUCCAGGCAUAUCUGGUUCGAAAGAGGUUCUUGCUUCUAUUUCAGAAGUACAUCGAAGACUUGAAUUAAAUGAUAACAUUAUGCCGAUCAAAAUUGGUUGUGUUGCAACGUGUGUUGACUUACGUAUGGCUGUUAUGGAUAGUGGAAGAAUGACGUUUCCUGGUGUUCUUGAACUGAUAGCGGAAGGUUGGACAAACUAUUUACUCCUUACUGGACCACCAAAAUCUAACCAGGUGAAUUUCACUCUAUUAGGAGUACCACUUGUUGAAAUCGAAGAACUCUUGCACUCAGCCAAUCCACAUCUUAGUCAUUUAUCUACACCAGAUGGAAAAACAGACCAAACACAUGUCCUCAAAGCACUGAUGGAUGCGAACGCGUUUUCUAAUCCCAUGCUACAACGUGCACGUUUGUUAUCUUAUCCAAGCCUUUGUACACUUAGCCCAUGUUCCCCAAGAUUACGAAAUAUAACACUUCAUUUUAGUCGACCUCUUGAUCGAAUACUAUUAACCAAUGCCAUGAAAGGUAUAUUUGAAAACUUAAGUCCUUGGCCUUUCCACGGUAACAUCUACACGUUAAACGGUCAGAUUGCUUUCGUGGAAGAUCCAUCAAAAUUAUUUGAAUUGGAUUACGUAACGCUGUCUGGUAUUAAUCGUCUUUAUCAGAUUACCAAACAACCGGAUUUAAAUAACAAUGCUAAACCUUAUUGGGUAACUUGCAUUAUUGCAGAUGCAUCGAAUAAUGUGGGACAAACGAAUGAUGAAAUCACUAAUUUAUUUGCUAACUGGAUUAGAGAAACAGCGCCUAAAAAGGAAGAACCUCGAGAACUUAUAAAACUUUCAGAUUUGACUGAUGAAGACAUGAAUAAGAUUCAUGAAAAAUAUCAUUUAUAUCCGCUUCCAAAAGGCUGGUACUAUACUGGGACGUACUAUGUGAAUAUGAAUGGCGAAAAAUCUUUCCGACAUCCAAGUAUUCAUUCAUUCAUUGAAGAGUAUAUUGAAGGGGAGAACAAUAAAAUUGAAGCCAGAAAUGCUCGUUUACACAAUCACCCUGUGCCUGAUUUAUUCAGUUAA